AUGACAGUAAUUCUAACUCUUCUCCCUGUCGCCACUUUCUUCUCUCCCCGCGUUCUUCCCGCAUCUCUUCUCGCUCCUUUAUCGCUCCGCUCUACCCUUUUUGGUGUGCCAUUUAACCCUCGCUUCUUCUCUCCAUUACAUGCUUCCAACGCAGGCAGUCGCGGCCGAGGCAGAGGGCCCGGAUCUGCCAGUCUGUCAGCUCACAGACCGACACUCGUUUCUCGACAUAAGCCUGUUCUCGAGAUACGCCUAGGUGUCGUGGGCCGACCAUUCCAUCCUUUUUUCUACCCCCUGCUCAAACACACACACACACACACAUUCACACUCACUCACAACAUGGUCACAUUUAUAUGUUACUAUGGUCUAGAUGGUGUGCUUUUCUGUUGUGCUUGGCUGUAUGACUUGAUGCGUGCGUCAUUCCGCUCGUCGAUUGGGGAUAUCGAUACGUCUGUGAACGUGUACUUACUUGGCCUGUCCAACUUUCAGCCAAGCCCCAUUAAUCAACCACCGAUGCCUCGAAUGGAUUCAAUAUUCAAUUGCAUUAAGUGGUCUCACAUGCUCCCAACCCCAAGAGCCCACCCCCGCCCCAUUCUACCUACACUCGUAGCGCCAACCCGAGCCGUAACCCUCUAUCCAACCGAUAUGGAGGCACACGCAUGCACUUUUGUGCAUACCAAUUUCGGCCAGUCCUGCCAGUUGGCUCGCGUAGUUGGCUUCCCUCUUUUCAGACUCAAUUUCCGCCAAUAUUUGCCACUCCCAGAAAGCAGGAGCCCUGCGCCCAGACAUUGGCCGUGCCAGUUUCACUCGCCCAUUUGUUCGUCUCGAUGGCCCUUGUGUUUGCUUGUCUUUUCGCUUUUGUGUCUACACGUCGAGUCGACCGUCGCCUCGGGUGUCGGUUUGUCGGUCUGUUCGUUUGUCCGGUUGACCAGCCGUCUGUGCAUUCACGCGUCUGGCUGUGUGUAUACGGACAGCCCAGCAUCGUUUGUCCGUCGGUCCGUUUGUGCGGGUGCAGACAGGCCCAGUCCUCUUCACGGUUGUCUCGGGGUUGCGGAACUUUUGAAUCACCAGAACGUCCCGAUCGCUGACGCCCUCGUGACACUGGCCUCGUAUCCAUUCGAAAGGUCAAGGUUACCCGAGGCCCGGUGA